GAAAAUUGCAGACAUCGUUGUUGCACUGCAGAUAUUCCAAAGACCACAGUACUUAUCAGUUCGAGGUCGCAUGAUCAUCGUAUCCUGUAGGUAGAACGAUAUAAUGCACAAUCACCGUAAAAGAAGUCGUCCUGAUGACGCGCGCGACUCGAACCAGCUCGGCGUAGGUAGCACAUUAGCACUAUUGAGGAAUGAACGAGCACAGGAUGGUGAGGACCGGGCGAAUGGAAGUGGCAGAUCUGCAGAGAACGAUGAAGGUGAUUGGCAAAUCGCCGAAAGCAAGCGAGCGAAGAAAAAACGCCGCCGACAGGAUGGAGCCAACGACGACAAUCGGAAUGAAAGGAAGAACGACAACAGCGAGAGCACUGGGAACUCCGGCAACUAUCCCGCCAUCACCCAUUCGGCCAACGCACGCCUACAGAGCUUCGUGAAGGUGUCUGAUUUGCAGAAUCUCGUGUUAUAUCUGCUUGCCGAUGGCACCGCGCCGCAAUGGUGUUCUGUUAGGCAUCACCACAACUUUCGAAAGGUCGUAGUUGUGAUGGUACCCGGUCUAGAAGCUGGCAUGUUUGAUGGAAAGAUCUCUGUCGACGCAGAUGCCGCCGCUCAUUCUGCCGCAUACGAGGAUCAAGAACCGCCCCCGGAAGACUCCCGAAACAGAUCAAAUGUGACGCCGGACGAUUACUACCCAAAACGACUCAAGAAAGAUCGCUUACCAGACCCUUUGCAACCUCUGGCGGAUCUAUUCGACCAUCUAUGGCCAAUCAAGGCACCCGGAGAUGAUAAAUUCGGUAAGAUACAUUCGCCCUUGGCGGGCAUGCUCUCUGCUCCGGUGCCCAAAUCCAAGGAAGACAAGCAGACGAAAGGACCACAAGCCCCGUCAGAAGGGAAGAACUGGCAAAACCGUCGUACAAUUAUCACUGAGCUAUUGGCGACGACCGAUCAGUUAGCCGACGCGGGUUUUCCAUUACAUCCGGCACAUACGGGAAACGACAAAGCUAGGGCAGCUUUGGAGGCUGCAAGUCGCACAGCUUCCAAGAAGACGAGCGCAGACGGCUGGAUCGACUUCCCUGGCAUUGCGAACCUCGCCGAGGGCAGCGCUCGCGAAGAGAACAUCCAAAAAGGCUCGGUGACUGUUGGGCGAAAAGUUUUAACCAUGGACUGUGAGAUGUGCCUCGUGUCGCCACCAGGCGAGACACAGGUCUUCCGUCUGACGCGAGCAACCGUCGUCGAUUGGAAUGGAGAAGUUGUUUUCGACAAAUUAGUCAAGCCGACUGAGCCGAUCACCGACUAUCUCACACCAUAUUCUGGCAUCACGGCCGCCAAGUUGGAGGGUGUCACAACUACACUGGCCGACAUUCAAAAAGAUCUCAUCGAAUUGAUCACACCUCAGACCAUCCUCGUCGGCCACUCUCUAGACAGUGAUCUCAACGCUUUACAGAUGACCUUCCCAUUCAUCAUCGAUACCACUCUUCUAUACCCACAUCCGCGAGGACCUCCUCUCAAGUCAUCCUUGAAAUGGCUUGCACAGAAGUACCUCAGCCGCGAGAUUCAAAAAGGCCAUGGUUCAACCGGACAUGACAGCGUUGAAGAUGCGCGCGCAACCCUUGAUCUUGUGAAGCAGAAAUGCGAAAAGGGCAAGGCUUGGGGUACACCCGACGCACACUCUGAAAGCAUCUUCACACGAUUGGGUCGCCACCACCGUCCACGACGUGACAAAUUACAUCCUCAUGCCGAUGAAGAGCCUCGACUAGGCGCCGUCGUAGACUGGGGUGAUCCCCGACGUGGCUAUGGCUCAGCUGCGGGAGUCGUUAUUGGAGCAGAAUCCGACGCAGAAGUGGUCGCUGGAAUGUGCCGCGCCAUCAAAGGCGACGCGAUAACUCCAGCAUCGAACGAAACUCCUACUACUGGCUCGGACGUACCUCCCGGAGGCUGCGACUUCAUCUGGGCGCGACUCCGCGAACUCGAAGCUCACCGCGGCUGGUGGAAUCGCACCAAGGCCGCGGACACCGAAACACUCCGCAGCCAAGCCACAACCAACAUGACCACAGUCCCACUCUCGACGCCUCUCACCGCGCUCACAGCUCACCUCACCGCGAUCCACGCCGCGCUGCCGCCAGCCUCGGUGUUGAUCGUGUACAGCGGGACGGGCGAUCCGCGGCCGUUGGCACGCAUGCAGGAGCUGCAGAAGCGGUUCAAGGAGGAGUACAAGGUGAAGAAAUGGGACGAUUUGAGCGUGCGAUGGACGGAUGUGGAGGAGAGAAAGUUGCGCGCGGCGUGUGAGGUCGCGAGAAAGGGCAUCGGCUUUAUCACGGUGACGUGAAAGAUGUGGAGGGCCCUGAGCUCGCUCGUGUGCGACUAAUGCUUUGGUUGCGAUAAUCGCUCAAGGUCAUCAAUACGCCAUAAUGUCAGCAACGGGUAAUGAGCUGUGUGCCCUGUCGCUCUUUACGAUGGCAUUUGUUUUGCUCGUCACUCAAAUGUAGAGAGACAACGAAGCGUUCGUUGGCCUGCGAGUCCUGGCAAAAUGCCGAGUCAUCAUCCACGGAAAGUUGAGAUGCACGAGCAUAGAAUAUCACAGUUCGUAUUCAACGCAAUUCAGCAGUCCUGACAGCGGCAGAUAUAUAUAACGCAAUGCAUCGUGUGUGAACAUUUCUUCUUAAUGCUGGUGACAAUUGUGCAUGUGCUCAUAAGAUGCCGUCCAUCAAGCGAGUCAAAGUUGAAUGGCACAUACUCCCAAACUCCCAAAUUCAGCACAGCCCUGUACAUGAUCUCAUACCUAGCUAUGCUCGUCCU